AAAAUUUUGCACCGACUAUAAAAGCGCGUUCGUUUUUCUCUUCGACGCAAUUUUGUUGAGAAAUCGUAACCGUAAUGUGUUUCAAGUUUUUAAGGAACAUUUUUCCAACCAAAAACCCGGAGCAAGUGCAUCCUGAGGUUGCAGAUUUUUUGAGGCUGCCGGUGAUAUACUACAAUACCGUUGGCCUGGAUCCCUACGAAUCCUCGACCGGUGAAAAUAAACGAGGAAUCCUGUUCCACAUAUACUUUGCCAUUCAGAUAACCAACUUGACGUUCGUGCUGGCCAUGGAGAUCUCGUAUGUGGUUGUUUCGUUUCGAAACAACGAGAACUUCCUGGAAUCCUGCAUGGUGAUGAGUUAUAUAGGUUUUGUAAUAGUUGGAGAAUUGAAGUUCAUAACGGUGGUAUUUCGCAAAAGUAAAUUGACUAAUCUUGUGAAGCAUCUGGAGUCAUUUUUUCCGGAACCGCAGGAUCACGAGGAGUAUGCAGUGAAGUAUUAUUUGAAGCGCUGCCAUCGUUAUACCAAGGGAUUUGGUGGCCUCUACACGACCUUGGUGGUGGUUUAUAAUCUAUUCGCUUUGACCCAAUACACCAUACUCCAACUGCUGCACUCGCCGAAUGCCAAGCAAAUUCUGCCGUACGUGAAUAUGGCUCCUUGGAAUUAUCGGGUCAAGUGGAGAUUCUACUUGACCUAUCUCUCGCAAUCGAUGGCUGGGUAUAUGGCCACGUGUGGUCAUAUUUCCGGUGACCUUAUGAUUUUUGCCGUCGCCAUGCAGGUCAUUAUGCAUUUCGAUCGUCUGGCCAAGGCUCUUAAAAAAUUUCAGCUGGAAUUUUGUUCUGGAUCUCCUGAGGCAGCUGAAAAGGACUUACAGAAGCUGCGGAAUCUGAUUGCAUAUCACAAUAAAGUCCUAGGGCUCACCGAUGUGAUGAACAAUGUCUUUGGGAUUCCUUUGCUCUUGAAUUUUGCCGCAUCCUCUAUGCUUGUGUGUUUUGUGGGAUUUCAAAUGACCGUUGGCCUUGGCCCCGAGCAGGUGGCCAAGCUGUCAUUGAUACUGGUCUCUGCAAUGGUGGAGAUAUAUCUGCUGUGUUAUUUUAGUCAAAUGCUUAUUGACGCGAGUAAUAGUGUAUCCUUUGCCGUCUACGAUAUGAAUUGGAUGGAUGCCGAUUUACGUUUUCGGAAAAUGCUCAUUUUUCUAGCUCUCAGGGCUCAAAGGCCAGUAUGCCUAAAGGCAACAGUUUUUCUGGAUGUGUCCAUUGCAACCAUGAGUGCAUUCUUGCAAAUGUCGUAUAAGUUCUUUUGUGCUAUUCGUACGAUGUACCAGUAAAAAAGGAAUCAUUAUCCUUAGAAUGACUAUAAA